GCAUACGCAUGGACGCGACGACGUCACGCUCCAUGUUUGCGCCGCCGCCGUUGCCGCUCGUGUUAGCUGCCGGCUAAAGCGGCAGUAAGUGGGACCCCGAGUGGGCUCAUUCGAUUCGGAUCUGUGGUGUUGAGUUGCGAGAGAAGCUCGGCGGGAGUUGCCCGCUGCUGGUGCCCGCUCGCUUCCCUGCGAGCCCAGCUUGCUGCGGACACUUUGGGUCCGUUGGGUAGGUCGACAUGGCGACUGACGUGAGCUCACCGCAGCGCUUCUUCCACAUGCCGCGCUUCCAGCACCAAGCGCCGCGGCAGGUGUUCUACAAGCGGCCGGACUUCGCUCAGCAGCAGGCUAUGCAGCAGCUCACCUUCGACGGCAAGCGCAUGCGCAAGGCAGUCAACCGCAAGACCAUCGAUUAUAACCCCUCUGUCAUCAGAUACCUGCAGAAUCGUCAGUGGCAACGAGACCACCGCGACCUGCGAGCCAUCCAACCCGAUGCCGGAUGCUACAAUGACUUGGUCCCCCCUAUCGGAAUGCUGAACAAUCCCAUGAAUGCCGUCACCACCAAGUUUGUGCGCACAUCCACCAACAAAGUCAAAUGCCCCGUCUUUGUCAUCCGGUGGACUCCUGAGGGGCGUCGGCUGGUGACGGGAGCGUCCAGUGGGGAGUUCACGCUGUGGAACGGACUGACGUUCAACUUUGAGACUAUUCUCCAGGCCCACGACAGUCCUGUGCGCGCCAUGACGUGGUCCCACAACGACAUGUGGAUGCUAACGGCGGACCACGGCGGCUACGUCAAGUACUGGCAGUCCAACAUGAACAACGUUAAGAUGUUCCAGGCGCACAAGGAGGCCGUGAGAGAAGCCAGUUUCUCGCCUACUGAUAGUAAGUUUGCCACCUGCUCGGACGACGGCACUGUUAGGAUUUGGGACUUCCAGCGAUGCCAUGAGGAGCGUAUCCUUCGAGGUCACGGUGCUGAUGUGAAGUGUGUGGACUGGCACCCCACUAAAGGUCUGGUGGUGUCCGGCAGCAAAGACAGUCAGCAGCCAAUCAAAUUCUGGGACCCAAAGACCGGACAGAGUCUGGCAACCCUCCACGCCCACAAGAACACGGUGAUGGAGGUGAAGUGGAACACGAAUGGCAACUGGCUGCUGACGGCGUCGCGCGACCACCUCUGCAAACUCUUUGACAUCCGCAACCUGAAGGACGAGCUGCAGGUGUUUCGAGGACACAAGAAGGAAGCCACCGCCGUGGCCUGGCAUCCCAUCCACGAAGGGCUGUUUGCCAGCGGAGGUUCCGAUGGUUCUUUGCUCUUCUGGAAUACGGGGGUGGAGAAGGAAGUGGGAGGCAUGGAGAUGGCGCACGAGGGGAUGAUUUGGAGUUUGGCCUGGCACCCACUCGGUCACAUCCUCUGUUCGGGAUCCAAUGACCACACCAGCAAAUUCUGGACCAGGAAUCGCCCUGGCGACAAAAUGAGGGACCGCUACAACCUCAAUCUUCUACCUGGCAUGUCGGAGGACGGUGUGGAGUACGACGACAUGGAGCCAAACAGCAUGGCCGCCAUCCCUGGAAUGGGAAUUCCCGAGCAGCUGAAGAUCGCCAUGGAGCAGGAGCAGAGUCACAAGGAGGCGGGGCCGGAGGAAAUGUCCAUCCCCGGACUUGACUGGGGUAUGGAGGAGGUGAUGGGCAAGGACAACAAAAGGGUCCCGCAGAAGAAAGUCCCCUAUGCCAAACCCAUCCCAGCACAGUUCCAGCAGGCCUGGGCGGAAAAUAAAGUUCCUUCCAUGCCCCCUUCUGGAGACGGCCCCAAAGAACGCAAGGCGGAGCCCAAAGUGGACGGCAAGAAGAAAAGUCAGGUGGAGCUGGAGCAAGAAAUGGCGGCGCUGCAGUAUACCAACCCCAAGCUGCUGGAGCAGAUGAAGAUGGAGCGCAUUAACCAGAAGAGCUCGGACGGCCCCCAGCAGGGAUCGGGCCCCAUGCCCCCCUUCUCAGGCCCCGCCGGGCAGCAGAACUUCGGUCCUCCGCAGUCCAACAACAUGGGCCCCCCACCUUUAGGGCCCUCUUUCAUGUCUCCCGCUCAGAUGGGUGCUUCGUCUGGGCACGGCCAGGGCAUGAUGGGCCCGCCGGACAUGCAGAGACACCCCGCCACUUCCAGGAACAUGAGCACUCAAGGACCUCACAACAUGGGGCCCGGAUCCAGAGGAAUGCCAGGCCCUCACGGGGGCAUGAUGGGGGCCCCCGCUCGAGGGAUGGGGCCACGGGACCUACAGGGCCCUCCGCCUCAGGGAGGCAUGAUGCAGCCGCCAUCUCAAGGAAACAUGAUGGGACCUCAGGGGGGGAUGAUGGGACACCCAUCCAGGACACAUAAUAACUUUGGGAUGGGGGGGAUGCACGGGCCUCUGCCAAGUAACAUGCAGGCGCCCCCCUACAUGCAGCACCAGGCUCCGACUUCGGGGCCCCCCAUGCACGGGAGGAGUCAGCAGGGCCCCAACAACAAAGACCCCCGGGGGCCGGCCUCCAACCACCACAUGGGACCUUCGGAUCGCCAAGGUGCAGUAGGGCACGAGCACUUCUGGGGGGAUGGACAGCAUAAACCGCAGGACUUUGACGGGGGCCAGGACUUCCACGGCCGAGGGGAGGAGGCCUGGAGACCUGGACCUGUCUAUCCGGGGGCGGCGGGUCAUAGAGUCGGGGCGGGUCCCCGAGGAGGCGUGGUGGUGGCGGCCAACUGGGGUCCCGAAGACCGGCCCCCCCGAGACACGGGAGACUUCAGAGGCCGGCGAGAUGACAGGUUCAGGGGAGGUCCGGGACGGCCCGGAGGUCGAGUCUACCCUGAAGAGUAUGGAGCCCAGGAUGAGGGCUUUGACGCUGCCGAAGACCUGAGGGGCUGGCCCAGAGGUGGGCCCCCGCCUCGAGGAAGUCAUGACGGCUACCGUGACGGACCCCCAAUACACGAUGGCGCGUCCGCGGCAGGCCGUGAGCGGUCGAUGUCUCUGCAGGGGAUGGAUAUGGCGUCUCUGCCACCACGGAAAAGACCCUGGCAGGACGGCCCAGGAACGGCUGACCUCAGAGAACGAGAUGGCAUAGACGCAGGUCGACCUCAGCGGGACGAUGGCUACGGCCCGCCUGUGCGGGGAGCGCGGGGCGGCUGGGGGCCCAGUCUCAGAAGAGGAGGGCCACCCAUGCGCAGCGCGCCAAGGGGCCGCGGCCGCUAGACGACAUGAUCAUGGGACUUCAUCGGCUGCCAAUUUUUUCUUGUCGUUUUUGGGUUUUUUUUGUAAGAAAUUUCUAUGUUUUGUCUUUUCACUGACUGGACAAUAAACACCGACGUGGAAGCUUUGAAUCUUG